GCCAGAAAGCUACCUUCGAUAGAUCGCAUUCACCGAACGUAAUUUUGCGCCUGGGGCCGACUCACCCGUUGUGAGCGCUACGAGCGAAGACAUCGCGGUUCAUCCUCAUACGAGACAUUUUUAUUCCUAUUUUCAGCAAGCAAAUCCCAGCGUAAACUAUUUAAACUUGUUGUUUGAGACAAACCCCUAGUCUUUCCCGUCCACCGCGUUUUCCCAACUGGCUUAGCCUUGCGUGGAGCUGCAAAAUAUCUUCGUUAUUAUUAUUUUUUUACGGUCCUGGCGAUCCUAGCAAUUACAACCCUUUGUUACUGAUUAGACACAACUAUUCCUGAGUCGAAUACGAUGGCAGGGUUAUUCCGGAAGGUGUACGACUGGUUGCUCAGGACUUUCUGGGCAACUGAAAUGGAUGUCACGAUGAUAGGUCUGCAGAAUGCUGGGAAGACGUCCUUGCUUCGCGUGCUAUCGGGUGGUGAAUUUACGAUCGACUCUAUUCCCACCGUCGGUUUCAAUAUGAAGCGCGUACAACGUGGCCAUGUGACACUUAAAUGCUGGGACUUGGGUGGUCAACCUCGUUUUCGGCCAAUGUGGGAAAGAUACUGUCGUGGGGUGAAUGCGAUCGUAUUUAUCGUCGACAUCGCAGACCAGGACCUGCUGCCCAUGGCUAAGGAGGAACUCCAUUCCCUUAUGUCACAACCUAGCCUCGAAGGAAUCCCUUUGCUAGUGCUCGGAAAUAAGUCCGACCUUCACAUCAAACUCAGCGUGGAUGAACUCAUAGAUGCUCUAGAUCUCAAGAGUAUAGGACAUCGCGAGGUCUCCUGCUAUGGGAUUAGCGCAAAGGAGGAGACCAACCUAGAUGCCGUAAUUCAAUGGCUCAUGAAAUGGGCCAACAGAUAAACUCAUCUUCGCCAUCCACAGCACUUGAGUUUUUCAUCAUUUUAUCCUUUUUCCCCCGGCUGCUAGGAAACAUAGGCCUGCUGCCGGCGACACCUUCUCUCGCCGCUUCCGCGACUGUGCGGAUGCAUUUGACGACGCUAAUGAUAUCAUGGGGUGUAAAAGACGGUUCAGCUUUCGGCCGGCGACGACCUAAUAUAUAAACCAUCUCUCGCGAGCUUAAGUUUGGAGGCGACUGUAUCGUCAGUAUGCCUUCAUAUCGAUUCUCACCUUCCAGUAUUUUUCCUUUCGUUUCUAUGUGCCUUA